AGACCUCAUUUACGAGAAAUAAGAACAAUACAUAUUGAGAAGACAGCUGAACCUGUAGGAUUUCAGAUACAACCUGGACCAGAAGGUGGUAUAUUUGUAUCAUCAGUUAGUGAGAAUAGUCUAGCUUCUGAUGCUGGUAUAGUAGUUGGUGAUCAACUGUUGGAGUAUAAUUCAGUUGAUUUCCGAUCAGUGACAGCUGAACAAGCCUCAGCUGAAUUAAGUCGACCGUGUUCAGUGAUGAGACUGUUAGUUCAUUUCAAUCUAAUAAGUAAGUAG